GGAUUGCAUUGUAAUAAGUCUACUGCUAGUUGAGACUUGAGUUGGAGAGUUGAGGAGGAGUUGGGGUUCCCCUUUCCCAGCAGCAUCUUCUAUCGUCUGCAAUUCUGCAACUUAGGGUGCCUAGAAUUUUUUCCGUUGCCUACAUCGUGGGGUUUUUCGGCUCUCUGGUUGGGGGCUUGGACCAGGUGGCGAAGCAUUCAGCUCACAAAAAAGGAACCAAAUCCGAAUUAAGCCCCGCAGCCCACAUAAUAAAUUUUCCAAGAUUCAAUUUUCACUUUACUGGAUCAAAUAUACAGAACUUGUUAUCCUUUUUGCUCCAGCGGAAAUGCAAAAUCUGAAGGCGCAUGAUGGGGAUGCUGAAACAGAGAAGGUGAGCUCCACACAAGCAUCGGAAAUUGAUGAUUGGGCAAACUUUAAGGAUGAUGACAUUAUGCAACAACAAUUUGCCAUCCAAGCUGAGGAAGCUGAGAAAAUCCCAUUUGUUGGUGACAAGGAGCCACUUUCUUCAUUAGCAAAUGAAUAUAAGUCAGGAAGUUCGAUUUUGCUCGAAAAGAUAAAGGUACUGAGUGAGCAAUAUGCUGCGAUCAGGCGAACACGGGGUGAUGGGAAUUGUUUUUUCCGAAGCUUCAUGUUUGCUUACCUUGAACAUGUUAUGGAAUCUCAGGAUCAAGGUGAAAUUGAUCGAAUCAAAGCUAAUGUCGAACAAUGCAGAAUGACACUCCGGAAUCUGGGCUAUGCAGAAUUUACUUUUGAAGAUUUUUUUGCGUUAUUCCUGGAGCAGCUUGACUGUGUUAUUCAAGGAAGUGAAACUUCAAUAAGCCUUGAUGAACUUGUGCAGAGAAGUCGGGAUCAGUCGAUAUCUGACUAUGUUGUUAUGUUCUUCAGAUUUGUUACCUCUGGUGAGAUACGGAAAAGAUCAGAGUUUUUUGAACCUUUUAUACUAGGAUUAACAAGUGCCUCUGUCGAGCAGUUUUGCAAGUCAGCAGUCGAGCCGAUGGGGGAAGAGAGUGACCAUGUUCACAUUACAGCGCUGUCAGAUGCGCUAGGAGUUCCAAUUCGUGUGGUAUAUCUUGACCGCAGCUCGUGUGACAAUGGCAGUGUCAGCGUAAAUCAUCAUGAUUUCCAUCCUGUUAGUAAUGAUCUUCCCAGUGCUAAGAGGGGUGGCGCAGAGGCAAUAGAUCCAUUCAUUACCUUGCUAUAUCGACCAGGGCAUUAUGACAUUCUGUACCCCAAAUGACUUGAUUCCACCUGCAAUCCUCAGGUGUUUUGUUAUUGGAUUGGACUUAUGCCUUUGUGGUGGUUUUGAGAAUAAUUUUGACUCGAGAACUUGGCCGCUAAGACAUUUGUUGGUUGGAUUGUUCCUUGACAAUCACAAUGCCUUUGAACUGAAGCAUCCACCUUA